UAUAGUAUCGUCUACAGAAUAUAGUAUAUAAGUCGAAAGUAAAAUUCUCUGUAAAAUGUUUUUCGCGUAAUUUUGCAGUUAAACUGUCGUUAUAGAAAGUUACGUUACGUUUUGUUAAUUAUGUUACGUUUUAUCGCAUGGAUUGCUGCUUUCCUCAUAUUGAUCGGAUCUGUUUGGUCACAGGAAGAUCUUUUUGAAGAAAAAAUUGGGCAUAGUAUACCAAAAUUUGGCUUUAUUUUUCUCGAACCUUUUCGAAAAUAUUUUUGUAACAAUUUUUGCAAUUCAUCAUCUCAAUUAUAUAUAAUGAAUUUUGCAUGUGCUAUCAAAUGUCCUGAAUUAUAUCUACCUCAUCAAACUUCAACAAUGGCAUAUUCAACAGAAUCAAGUACAUCUUCAAUGAUUACUACACAAUCAUCUAUGAAUAACACUAAAUAAUUGAUUAAUAUAACU